GGUAAAUUCCUUUGCGCUUUUGGCUUGACACUUCGAAAUUCCACAUAGAUAAACCUAUUUAUUUCAUUUCGGCCUCAUAUAAAAACUUAUUUACUUUGUUUCGACUUCGAGUUAAUCCUGUCUUUGUUACAGGCCUUCUCCGCGGAAAUACGAGUAAUUGUUAAAACACCUUCUUUGGCUUAGCUAAUAGUGUCAAGCAUCAAAGAAAUUUUGCCGAAAUUGGGCGUAAACCUUUUUUAAAACAAGUUACCUGAUUGGUCAAAACUAAAGUCCGUAGAUUGACCGCAAUGGUAAGUGACUUUUACAAAGUCACUUUCCAUCUUACGGCAAUCAAAUAAAGACAGUUUUAUUUUAAUUUACGGAUUUUAUUUUGAUUCAAUCAGGUAAGCUUGAAAUUACUGUUUUAUUCUUUUUAUUAUUUAAGCUGAAUUUUAUUUAAGGUUUUUAUAACUUAUUUUUAAAUUAAGGAUAUUUUUGAAAUAGUUUUUAAUACCUUAAUCCAAUUAAUUAGAUAGUUUUUAAAUUUCUUUCAUGACUUCAAUGUUAAAUUGUUAUUCGCUAAAAAUUGCCCGCCUUAAUUAAAUAACUUUGUAAUCUUUUUAAUCUACACUUUAAAUUACGCUUAUUGCGUAUUAAUUUCUACUUUAAAAUUUAAUCCCUUAAAGAUUUAACUUUUCGUCUAUUUAAACUUUACCGCGCCUUACUAGAUAGAACUCUUCUGCGCGAGGAGAUAAAUAAGUUAGAGUAAACAAAAACGAAAAUAAAAACUUUUUCCGCUAAAUUUACAAAACAAGUUUAAGUCAUUAUUUUAUCAUAUUUUUCGAUAUUUUAUUAUUAAUCAACUAUGUUCAGACUUACGAAUCAUGUUUUAGGUAAGCGCUUUGCUCUAUAUUGUUUUGAUUUCUGUUUAUGUCUAUUGUUUAUCUGUUUUAAUUGUGUUUCGGAACUUUUGUUAUCUCUUUGAUUUUACAACAUGCUUUUAUAAUUUGUGUAUUUCAUUCAUUUUCUUUAUAACACUUUCCAUCUUACGGCAAUCAAAUAAAGACAGUUUUAUUUUAAUUUACGGAUUUUAUUUUGAUUCAAUCAGGUGCUGUGGAAGCAAGUUUCUUGCAAUUAGACACAGGUUGAUCCUUGAGCUAAUUUCCCCAAACAAUUAGUCACGACGGUGAAAACCAGUGUGUGACAAGUGGUGGACAGAAUCAAUUCAAUCCUACGUACCUCUCGCUAGCCAGAAUUGUGUAUUGUGAUGCCAGAGGACAGUGCCAACAAAUAUUUAACAUACCAUUACAAUUUAAGAGACCGCCAAAUGCAAUGUGGUGACUCAACUUCUCAGACCGCUACCCAAACAAUUACAACAACAACUCCAACGCAAACAUCUACCACAACAGCAAGAUCACCAACAACAGCAGUGAAUACAUUAAGUGUCAAUUCCUCAUCAACAACAACAACAGCAGCAAGUUCAAUAACAACAACAGCCAAUACAUCAAGUGUGAAUUCCUCAACAACAACAACAACAACAGCAAGUUCAUCAACAACAACAGCCAGUAUACCAACAGCAACAAUAACAAGUGACAGCUCUCCAACAACCAUUAUGCAGAGAGAUAAUGGUGUUCAACUAGCUAAAUUCACAGGAAAAAGUGGAAAAGUUAGUGCCACACAAUGGUGGACCCUCUUCAUUCAGUGGUGUUCCCUUCACUCAUUCACAGAGCAAAAAAUCCUGGGACGCAUCGUCUUCCAUUUAGCCGACAUGGCGCAGCAGUGGUAUUUAUCACUUCCUGAAACAUCUCGGAGUACUCUCCAAAGUUUAAAAUCAGCGUUCUUUUCCCGAUUUGGAAAACAAUCUUCCUUCAACCUUGAUGUCCUAGAUAUUAAGCAACAAAUUGACGAAACCUGCGAAGAGUACAUCACCAGAAUUCAACAGAUGGCAUGUGAUGAUGAAAUACCAAGCCUGAUGUUAAUUAGUCUCAUCGCCAAAGGAUUUCAACCGGAUAUUUCUGAAAAGGUGUUAGAUAAAGAUCCCCAAACAUUUGAGGACCUAUUUAAAUUUGCAAAAAGGGCAGAAUCAACUGUGAAAAUUCGUAAAAAUGACAGCCUAAUUGCAUCCAUUGAAGGCAUGGAAGAUCGCCUGAUGACGAAACUUUCAAAACAACUGGAAACGACUGUUAUGGCUUUAGACCGCCGAGACCAAUAUGCUCCUGCAGAAGUGCAUGACCGUUAUACUUCAUCUGAUCAACAGAACAAUUCCCAUACCAACGUGCACACCAGAAACCAUGGAAGACCCCGAGGACAUGAUUUCCGUUCCCAGAGACAUUUUAAAAGUGAAAGCAGAGACAGACCGCAAUUCUCCAACAAUGCCUCUCAAUACGGACCUCGCAACCAAGGAAACCGCUUUCCUAGGCCCACUCCUCCAUCCAGACAGCAUGGUUACCGUCCAGCCCAGAAUCAACGUCAUCCUAGUCCCAGUUUUGGUCAAUGGCGUUGGUAUCCUUUCUUCAUCUGCACUCUGGUUUGCCUCUUCCAUCCAUCCAAUGCCCUAUCGACACCAGCAAAACAUGUAAUUACCGAGAUAGACAAUGCCAUCCAUCGUCUUAAUUAUGGUACUAUUUUUAAAUCAAUGGGGAACCUUCAUAUUUCUAGUGAAUAUUGGUUGCAGACCUACCACAUAUCUCUCCCAAAUCAAAUUACCAAACCAAAAGGUUUCAUUGUAAACAAACAAUCAUUUUGGCCUUCUGUUAAUGAUAUUGUUGAUUUUGUUGCCCUUGGAAUAGCCAUUCUUUCUUUAGUAGGGUUAAUUUUUAUGUUUUUCAAAGUUAGGAAAUUGCUUUUAAUUGUUUCAAUACUAACACAGGUUAAACAAGCUAAAUCUGAAUCAGAAAUACCUUCUUUUGUUUACAAACCAUUUCAACCUGCUACCUCCUCUCCAACAGAGUUUGAAUACUUGUUACAAAAUUUUUCAUGGAAUCAUGCAUCAGUUUUGUUAUCUUCAAUUGUUAUUUCAAUUUUGUUUUUCUUCACUGUAUUUCUUUGGUAUUCAAAAAGAAAACUGAAAUGCACCCAGAUUAUUUUAGAACUUACAACUGGUGGUGAAUGUAUACUAGUUCCUGUUUUGACGUUACCAUUGUGUCCUUCAUUUUGGCAAAUCAACCCACCUUCUCAAAUUAAUCAUAUUUCUGUCAAGUUUUCAUUGUUUUCAUCCAAAAUGUUUAUUAACUGGUCAGAUUUUACUGUGACAAAUAUUAAAGGUACUCGAGCAAUUACUGUUAAAUCAAAGAUUAACCUUGAUUUUUGUACUGCAUACAAAGCAAAGAGAAUAACUGAACAACCCUUUGAUAUCCAUAUUUUGCUUUCACAUCAUGGUUUAUAUCAACCACUGCCUCAUUUUGGCACAUUUAUUGUCAAUGCAAUGAAUCUUAAAGAACACUCCCCUUGAUUUUUAUACAUUGUUGUAUAUCUCACUUGAUUCAUUUCUUUUUGUCAAGAUUCAUACAACACAUGUCUGAUAGAUGGGUUAAUGUGCAUUAGUUGAAAUACGAAUUGAUUUUACACCCGUUUAAAUUGGCAUAAUUGAAUAUGUCUAAUGAUUAUGAUUUUUUUUUUAUGAUUGACUCUUUGGUACCAGUAAUUAAUAUGCGCAUUGUAAAUAUGUUUUCAUAGAUUUAGUUUUAACUCCUUUUUGUAAUUUUGUUUUACAACAUGCAAUUUGAUUGUGUUCAUUUUAUUCAUACAUUGUGUAUAUAUAUAUCACAUAUUUUUUUGUACAUGUACUAGCUUACAUGUAUUAUUACCUUUUCCAUUUCAAUUGCCUUUGUUUACUUUUAAACCAUAUGUAUAAUUUUUGUGUUUUUUACAUGUAUACAGUGUACAUGUACUUGUACAUACAACAUUUGCUGAUUUGUUCUUUUUAUGGUACAUGUAAUGUGUUCAACACCUUGCAUUUUUCAUUUGGGUACGUGUGUAUCUUAUGUUUCUUUUUCAGUCCCUUUUGUAUAAAAUAAACAAUAUUUUUUUUUUCUUUUGAA